AUGGGAGAACACAAUGUACAGGAGACCGCCGUCCCUCACGGGGAGAAGACAAUGCAUGACAAGGGAUGCGACGAUGCCGCAGAAAUGUUCAAUGGUGACCUGGUGGUUGAGUACAGCGCAAGAGAAGAGAGUAUCGUCCGCUGGAAGCUUGAUCUAUCGCUUGUCCCCAUGAUGCUCAUAAGUUACUUACUCUCUUUUGUCGACAAAGGGAUCUUAUCGACAGCCGCAGUGUAUGGGCUCCGAGAUGACUUGCGCCUUGUAGGUCAACAAUACAGCUGGUCCAACUCGAUAUUCUACUUCGGAUUUCUGGUCUGGCAGUACCCCAACUCUAUCUUCAUGCAGCGGCUACCCAUUGGCCGCUGGAUAGGAGGCAUGGUAUUCCUCUGGGGUGUGUGUGUCGCAGCCACGGCAGGCGUCACCAAUUUUGCUACGCUGGCCGUCGCCCGGUUUUUCCUGGGCCUCUUUGAGGCAUCAAACAACCCCGUGUUUACCCUCCUAGUAAGCCAGUACUAUACCAGGCAGGAGCAUGCAUUGCGUGCUUGCUUAUGGUGGGCUGGUGGCCCGAUCGCAGCGUUCAUCGGUGACGGCGUGUCGAAUGGAAUCGGCCAUUUCAAUGGCGCGUUGAGCAGAUGGCAAUAUCUGCAGAUCGCGGUUGUCAGGGUCUUGCAAAACCAUACCGGGCUGAAGAACAAACAGUACAAGAAAUACCAGGUCAUAGAAUGUUUCCGCGACCCCCAGGUCUUGAUGCUCUUUGCCAUUGUGUUCCUUCAAUGUAUUCCCGGCGGCGGAUUGACUGCUUUCAACAAAAUCAUUCUCACAGGACUUGGCUACUCAAGCGUCGAAUCGACAGUGGUUGCCAUGCCCGAGCAUGCUAUUCAACUUGUCUCAGUACUACUCGCUGGCGGAGUCUGUUCCUAUAUUGGCAAAGGACGAUGCAUCGCGAUGAUUUUGAGUAACAUUUGCGUGCUGGUUGGGAGUGUCCUACUCUACACUCUUCCCGCCGAAAGAAAAAUGUCGCGCCUGGGCGCCGUUUACUCGCUCCUCACAUGUACUGUCUCAUACAUCAUGUGCAUGUCAAUGAUCUCAUCCAACAUAGCUGGAUUCACUAAGAAGAUGACAGCAAGUGUUAUGAUUUUUGUUGGUUACUGUGUUGGCCAAAUUAUUACGCCGCAGUUCUUUAUCACUGCCGAAGCACCAACAUAUCCCACCGGAUUCCGGGCGUAUUUCGUGACCGCUUCGAUGAUGAUUGUCAUUCAAGCCGCUUUGAUGAUGUAUCUCAUAAAUGAGAAUCGACGUCGUGAUAAACGCAGCGAAGCACCGGUUAUCGCAGACCAGGGUAAUCAACAUCACAUCUUGGAGACUGAUUUGAUGGAUUUGACAGAUCGGGAGCAGCCGAACUUCAGAUACACUUGGUGA